GAGGUUUUGGGAGUUACCUGUUUGGCAUGAGCGAAAUUGUGGCCAAGCAGUCUACCGAAGCUCACGACCCUCAGAAUAUUAAGGAUCCAACACUUGCAUGGAUGAUUGGUUUUCUCUUUGUCGUCAGCUUCUUGGGACUCUUCUCCGUGGUGCCCCUCCGGAAGAUAAUGAUCAUAGAUUUCAAAUUGACAUAUCCAAGUGGCACUGCAACAGCUCACUUAAUCAACAGCUUUCACACACCUCAGGGUGCCAAGCUAGCCAAGAAACAAGUUAGAGCCUUGGGUAAAUUCUUCUCCUUCAGCUUCCUGUGGGGUUUCUUCCAAUGGUUUUUCACCGCUGGAGACGACUGUGGAUUUGUCAGCUUCCCCACAUUCGGUCUUCAAGCCUAUGCCAACAAGUUUUACUUCGACUUCUCGGCCACAUAUGUCGGUGUGGGCAUGAUCUGCCCUUACAUCAUCAACAUAUCACUACUAGUCGGAGCUAUACUCUCAUGGGGCAUAAUGUGGCCCCUCAUACUGCAAAAGAAGGGCAAUUGGUUCUCUGCCGAGUACUCCUCUAGCAGUCUUCACGGCUUGCAAGGCUACAAGUCGACAAACCCUUCGGCGGCCCCCGCGCAGUCUUACGACGACCAGCGCCGCACCCAACUCUUCCUCAAGGACCAGAUCCCCACUUGGUUCGCCGUGCUCGGCUACGUCACCAUCGCCAUAAUCUCCGCCGCCAUCCUCCCCCGCAUCUUCCACCCCCUCCGCUGGUACUACAUUGUCGUAAUUUACAUUUUCGCCCCCGUCCUCGCCUUCUGCAACGCUUACGGGUGCGGGCUCACCGACUGGUCCCUCGCGUCCACCUACGGUAAGCUGGCCAUAUUCGUGGUGGGCGCGUGGGCCGGUUCGGCCCACGGUGGCGUCCUCGCGGGCCUGGCCGCGUGCGGCGUCAUGAUGAACAUAGUCUCGACGGCUUCCGAUUUGACACAAGAUUUCAAAACGGGCUACAUGACGCUUGCCUCCCCAAGGUCGAUGUUCGUGAGCCAGAUAAUCGGGACUGCGAUGGGAUGCGUGAUCUCGCCGUGCGUAUUCUGGCUAUUUUACAAGGCGUUUAGCGAUUUCGGCACCCCGGACUCUCAGUACUCGGCGCCGUACGGUCUCGUUUAUCGUAACAUGGCGAUUUUGGGAGUCGAGGGGUUCUCGGCUUUGCCCAAGCACUGCCUUACGUUGUGUUACGUGUUUUUCGCGGCGGCUAUUGUGAUAAACGGGAUUAGGGAUGUUGUUGGGCCUAGGUGGGCCCGUUUCAUUCCGCUCCCGAUGGCGAUGGCGAUUCCGUUCUAUCUUGGAGGGUACUUUGCGAUCGAUAUGUGUGUGGGGAGUUUGAUUUUGUUUGUUUGGGAGAAGAUGGACAAGGCUAAGGCGGACGCGUUUGGGCCUGCGGUGGCUUCUGGGCUGAUAUGUGGCGAUGGGAUAUGGACUCUGCCGAGUUCGAUACUGGCGUUGGCGGGUGUGAACCCACCCAUAUGCAUGAAGUUCCUUUCGAGGGGUGCGAAUAAGAGGGUGGAUGGGUUCUUGGUGUUCACGUUUUCUGAUGGGGAUAUUAUCGUUAGCAAACUCGGAGAAUAUUGCUCUAAGCUCAUUCCGCCGGUUGAUGGGCCCGCACAAAAGGGUAGGGAGGUUGGGAGGUGUACAAAGAAAGAG